UGUUCUUCCUUAAAAAAAUCCAACAAAGAUCAAAGUUAUUCAUGAAGUUAUAUUCGAAGAACUCAAAGAUGACGUGUGGCGAUUCCGUAAGAGAUUUGAGCAGCAAGUUCUCGAAGUUAGAAAAGUUCGAAGGCCAGGACUUCCGUCGAUGGCAGAAGAAGAUGCACUUCCUUCUCAUAACAUUAAAGGUCGUGUAUGUACUGAGCACGCCUAAGCCGCAGAUCAUGGAUGACGAUACACUAGAACAGACGAGGAAGCGGUGCAAGUGGGAGAACGAUGACUACAUUUGUCGAGGACAUAUUCUAAACGGUAUGUCUGACUCUCUGUUUGAUGUAUAUCAAAAUGUUGAAUCUGCAAAGUUACUUUGGGACGGUCUAGAAGAAAAGUACAUGCCCGAGGAUGCUUCAAGCAAGAAGUUCCUCGUCAGUAACUUUAACAAUUAUAAGAUGGUCGACUCUCGACCGGUCAUGGAACAAUACAAUGAACUGUUGAGGAUCCUGGGCCAGUUUGCACAACAUAACAUGGCAAUGGAUGAAUCCAUAUCUGUGUCUAGUAGUAUAGACAAACUGCCUCCUUCGUGGAAAGAAUGCAAACGUGAGUUAAAGCAUAACAAGGAGGAAAUGAAUCUGGUGCAACUUGGAACCCAUCUUCGGAUUGAGGAGUCCAUCCGAGAUCAAGACGGGAAGAAGGUGAAGGACAUAGAUAGUCCAUCGUCCAUCAACAUGGUCGAAGACGAAGGUUUCACCAAAGUGAAGAAUAAGUCAAAGGGUAAAAAGCGCAAGUCCGGAAAUACACCCAAACCUGCAAAUAAAAAGGCUAAAAUGGGUUGAUGGAAGUGUGGGAAACCAGGCCACUUCAAGCAGGAUUGUCGGAUUGGCAAGCGGGACAAGGAUACAACAAUUGUAUUUUCGAGAGCAUUAAGCUUAAGGUGAGCAAGUGCAUCAACACUCCAUUCCAGGCAUGAGAAGAAGAAGAAAAAUAGUCUUAAAAGUACUAUAGAAGAGUAAUGGAAUCCAGGCUCUCGCCUAAACCCACACUCAUAACUCCAAAGCUCUCGCAAUGGAGGGGGUUGAGGCCCCCGCUGGCUCUCGCCAGGGGUCAAUGACCACCGUGCGCACGUUUUUAACCCUCGAGACCACUGGAUGCACGCCGUCACCCGCAUGACCUUAAUUUCUAAUUCUCAGUCCUAUUUAUGAUUUCCAAUAUCUAAUUAAACACUGAUUCUCCUCGUACCAUUAGGUGGCCUACUUCACCCUUUUAUUUCACAACAUAACAAUACCCCAAUAAGCUCCCUAACAUCUUACAUGCUAAGAACAACAGUAACAUAGGCCUAACUGAAGAACAGAUGCAAAUCUAAAUCACAAAACACAUAAAUCAAGCAACACAACCGGAUACUGAAGAACAGAAGCAGCACCUUUCCUUCUCGUUUGGCAGCAAGGUGGAAA